CACUGUCGCGAGCUGAGGUUCAAGCUCCACAACUCUAACCCGUCCCGUCCCUCAUCCAACAACCGUCAUCUUGCGCUCCUGACCGUCCUUCACCGAGAGGGCUUCCGACUUUUUUGUUGUUCCAAUCUUGACAGCUAAUUUCUUAGAAUUACUUAUCCGUCCUCCCCCCAUACUUCGCGACAAUGUCCGGCGCAGGAGACCGGGAAGCCGUCUUCCCAACGCGGCAGUCGCUGGGUAUAAUGAAAGCGAAGCUCAAGGGCGCCGAGACGGGACACAACCUACUCAAGCGGAAAAGUGAAGCUUUGACUAAGCGCUUCCGAGACAUCACCCGGCGCAUCGACGAGGCGAAGCGCAAGAUGGGCCGCGUGAUGCAGAUCGCGUCGCUGUCGCUGGCCGAGGUGACGUACGCGGUGGGCGGCAACAUCGGGUACCAGAUCCAGGAGUCGGCCAAGUCGGCGCGGUUCCGCAUCCGCGCCAAGCAGGAGAACGUGUCGGGCGUGCUGCUGCCGGCCUUCGAGAGCUACCUGACCGAGGGCAACAACGACUUCGCCAUGACCGGGCUGGGCAAGGGCGGCCAGCAGGUCCAGCGCUGCCGCGAGACCUACGCCCGCGCCGUCGAGGCCCUGGUCGAGCUCGCCAGUCUGCAGACGGCGUUUGUCAUUUUGGAUGAGGUCAUCAAGGUUGUUAAUCGGAGAGUCAAUGCCAUCGAGCACGUUAUUAUUCCGAGGACGGAGAACACCAUCAAGUAUAUCAACUCCGAGCUCGACGAGCUCGACAGAGAGGAGUUUUACAGACUCAAAAAGGUUGCAAACAAGAAGCAACGAGACACUGCCGCAGCAGAUGCCGAGAUGAAGAGGAAGAAAGAAGAGCUCGCAGAAGAGGAGGAGAAUGUAGCACCGGAGGCUGAAGACUCGGCCGGGCCGACGGAUCUUCUAGCAGCUGCUGAUGAGGAGGACGUGAUCUUUUGAGAGAGUCAGCGAGGCUAGCCCUCGUCGUCUCAUGAUGUUGGUAGAAUCAUUGGUCGAUACCGUCGUUUGUCAGGCAUAGGCGCAAUCGGGAG